AUGGCACAAUGGGCGGAAGAAUAUGGAUUCACCAAACAGUAUGAAGCCUAUAAAAAAUUGAUAGAAGAGCAGAAGUUGGCAGCAGAGAGGGAAUUUGACGAAGCUGUGCAAAAUCUGCCGUUCAUUGUAGGAGAGCUUAGACAGAUUGAAGAUGAUAAAAAUCUCACCGCUCUGCAGUCUUUUCAAAAGGAGAUGGAAAUCAUAAAUAGAUUAACGCCAAAGCAGCAACAGCUUCUGAAAUGCUCUGGACACAUCUUUGCUCCAGCUUAUCUUCAACCGAGACCAGGACCAAACGGUCCAGGAGUUUUCAGACCGGGACCAUUCGUACCAGGGCCGUAUGGGCCCAGCCCAUUUAGGCCAGGACCAUAUGGUCCGGGACCAAAUGGACCUGGACCAUACGGACCCGGUCCAUAUGGUCCUGGACCUUAUGGACCUGAUCCAUACGGACCUGGGCCGCGCGGGCCUGGACCAUAUCCUAGACCGAGGCCCGGUCCACAUGGUCCCGGACCUUGGGGUCCACGAGGGCCGCGAGGAUUCUAA